AUGGGGACUUCUACUACGAGUCUAUCAGACGAUAGACUGCUCAGCAUAAGCCGCACCGAACCAUCAUCCACUCCGGUUUCUGAGAAUGAGCAGCAGGCUAUUUGGAAAACCUGCUCGGUCUUCCAGAGGAAGAUGUUCUUGGGGGCUACCUAUUUCAGUGAAAUUGAUAUGACAUCAAAAGAUUUACCAGUGAUCGUUCGCGCAAAACUGUUUCGAUCACCGGGAAAAGACGCCGUGACCAUGGAAAAAGUCCUGGAUUGCAAUCUGGGGAACUCACUCGAUUGCACCCGCGUCGGAGACGCCGCGGAGAAAGAUAUCCACGGCAUAGCCACAAUGGCCGCGCAUGCAGAUACACAUGCCGCACACUCGAAGAGGGAGGUUCCAUCGAUUCAGAACCCGGCCUUCUCUCGCUUCUGUCACGCCAGAGGUACUCCAGCUACUUGGCUUACAAGCUGGGUAAGAUGCAGCAGCAGGUUCCAUCGAAUCCGAUUCCUGGCCUUCUCUCGCCUCUGUCAUCCUUGACAGACUGUGUUGGACGGACGGGACGGCGUGAGUUCCUCAGUCGUGCUAUCUUACCCAGUCACACAGCCACAGACUGAGCGAGAAGAAG